AUGCUGCUGAUCUGCUUCAGCAGAAACGCUCCAGUACUGCCACCUCUGCCUCUCGGGGGCGAGCUUGUGCCAGUCACCACUGUUGCCAAGGGGCUCGGCUUCAUCUUUGACAACAAACUCUCCUGGCGCGAACACGUGAAGUCUAUGGUGUCAAAGGCCUCGAGCAGGCUCCACUACCUCCGCCUGCUGACAAAACAGGGCAUGAGUGUGCAAGAUCUUGUCCAGGUGUACCUGAGUCUCAUCCGCCCUGUCCUGGAGUAUGGCCAUGUUCUGUUGGUCGGUUGCAGUGAGGAGCAGGCAGCGAGCAUAGAGAGGGUUCAGAGGCGCGCCCUCCGGAUCAUCUCACGUGGCGGCAGACGAUCUGUACCGACACUGUCGUCCCUGAAGGAGAGGAGAGAGGCCGCUGCUGUGUCUCUUUUCAAGGCCAUGCUGAAUCCUGAACAUCCCCUGCACGACCUGGUUCCUGCCCAGAGACAGUCUGUCACACGAAGAUCGCUGAGGAACAGUCACAACAUCACUGUUCCCCAUGCAAGAACUAAACGGCUGCAACAGUCCUUCCUGUACUACACCAUCAGACUCUAUAACAACCUGCCUUGA